AACGUCUCGACACCCUGGUCCAACCUUGCAGUUGCUUCGCCAAGCAGCUCCCGUCGCGUCCAACGCUCUCCGCGACUUAACGAAUGACACGAUCCUGGCAUACUCCUCCUUCGCUCUCGAUAUAAAUCGCCUUUGCACAUGGUCGCCUCGUAGCAUGCACUCGUCUCCUACCUCGACGACGCGACCAUGCAUCUCGUGAAGCCGCAGUGGUUAACCCACCCAGGCGAUCUUAAAGACUUCGAAGUAUAUAGCUGCCACGUAUCGCCAGAUGGAUCGCGCCUGGUCACGGCUGCCGGAGACGGCUACGUGCGCAUAUGGUCCACCGAAGCAAUCCUAAACUCGGCCGAUCCCAACUACACCAAGCCCAAGCAAUUGGCCGCCGUCAACCACCACUCGGGCACCAUUCACACUGUGCGCUUCUCGCCAAACGGGAAAUACCUCGCGUCCGGCGCAGACGACAAGAUUGUCUGCGUAUAUGCACUCGACCCCAACGCGCCGGCGCAUGUGGCUUUUGGUUCCAAUGAAGUGCCGCCCGUCGAAAACUGGAGAGUCUUCCGCCGUCUCGUAGGCCACGACAACGACGUGCAGGAUCUCGGCUGGGCGCAGGACUCGUCCAUCUUGGUGUCAGUGGGAUUGGAUUCCAAGGUCGUGGUGUGGUCUGGCCACACCUUUGAGAAGCUGAAAACGCUAUCCAACGUGCACAGCAGUCAUGUCAAGGGCAUCACCUUCGAUCCUGCGAACAAAUACUUUGCGACCGCCAGCGACGACCGCACUAUCAGGGUCUUCAGAUUCAACUCCCCAGGGCCCAACGCCACCGCUCAGGACCAGGUCAACAACUUCACCCUCGAAAAGACCAUAACCUCACCUUUCCAAACUUCGCCGCUGACCACAUACUUCCGCCGCUGCUCAUGGUCCCCCGAUGGUGCCCACAUAGCAGCCGCAAACGCGACCAAUGGCCCAGUUAGUACCGUGGCGAUCAUAGCGCGUGGUUCAUGGGACGGCGAUAUCAGUUUAGUCGGCCACGAAGGACCAGUGGAGGUGUGCGCAUUUUCUCCCAGGAUGUUCCAUAAGGAACCACCCAAUCCGGACCCGAACGGCUUUCAGCCUCACAGCGUCACGGUGGUUGCGUGCGCGGGCCAGGACAAAUGCCUCAGCAUCUGGAAUACAAGUUAUGCACGGCCAUUCAUUCUCACGCAGGAGUUGGCCAUGAAGUCGAUGACAGACCUUGCCUGGGCGCCAAAUGGGGAGACGCUGUUUGUGACAAGUUUGGAUGGCAGUAUUCUAACGCUAGUAUUUGAGCCUGGGGAGCUUGGCUAUCCCGCGUCUUUGUCCGAGAACGAGAAAUCGCUGUCGAAAUAUGGCUCCGGUAGGCGAGCGGGAAUCAUUGAAAACACAGACGCAUUGCUCCUAGAAGAAAGCAGCAAGAACAGCGAGCUGCAGGGUGUGCAGGGUAGAAUGGGCGCUCUUAUGGGUGACGGCGGCGCAGUUCAACCUUCCAUCACCAACGGUAACGGUGCACUCCCGAGCGCACCUUCACUUACCAACGGCGCGUCAACAACGCAACCCGCACCACCCGCGGAACCACCUGCUGACGAACGUGUGGAGAAACUCAAACAGCGCGUCACGAUAAAGAAUGGCAAGAAGCGCAUUGCGCCCAUGCUAGUGUCAUCUUCAUCUGCAGUCGGGCCAUCUUCUCUGCCACAAACGCAGCUUAUCUCUGCAAACACCACAGCCGGUGGUAGUAACAGCAACCCGCACAACAUCCUCGAUCUAUCGAAACCAUACGACGGCUAUGGAAAAGGCGGUUUGACAGCCAUGCUCACCGGAAACAAGAGGAAAUUUGCCGAGAUCGAGGGCGACGAGGAUCGCCAAGUAGAAAAGCGCCUCGCAAAUUCGGUCAAACCUGGUGGAGCGGCGAUCGUCUUGAAUAGUGAGAACGGGCUCGUACCACCCGGAGCAAGCAAUGCUGGAAAACCAAAUGACGCAGGUCCCCCACAGGUCCUGCGACCUGCAAUAGUCAAUCCAGCGCUUACCGUCAGCCAAGUACGCAUGGCUGUCCCUAAACUAAGAAGCAUCAUCGUCCGAACCGCAGACGGCAAGGAGCCGCCGCAAGGUGCUAAAGCUGAUGCCGAUACAGUGAUUCUGGAGGCCAGGAAUGCUACGGCGCCUUCUAGGACAGGGCGUGCGCAAGACCACGACCCAGCCAGGAUUACCUGCUCGAGGGAAGGGAAGACGCUCUGGCAAGAUUUCCUUCCCAAGUCCGUUCUCCUCGUGACUGGCAACACCAACUUCUUCGCGGCGGCCUGUGAAGAUGGAUCUGUUUAUGCCUGGUCCCCAGCAGGACGAAGAACGUUGAAUGCACUAAUACUUGAAGCACAGCCAGUCAUCAUGGACUGCCGCGGAUGGUGGUUGCUUGCAAUAAGUGCAGUCGGUAUGUGCUAUGUCUGGAAUUUAAGAAACAUGUCCGCACCUCACCCACCAAUCUCUCUGGCGCCUAUCCUCGAUAUCGCUGCGCAUGCCCAGGGACCACAUUUGACGAGAUCACCUGGGAUCGUGUUUGCACGUCUCAACUCAGAAGGUCGGAUCAUCGUCGCGUUGUCUAAUGGCGAAGGGUACGCCUAUUCACCAGCAAUGUACGUCUGGCAACGCCUCUCCGAGCCGUGGUGGGCAGUUGGCAGUCAGUACUGGAACACAACCGACUCCUCUGUGGGUAACGUCACUUCGAAGUCCGACAGCGGCGCAGCUGGCAAAGAAAAGGAUGACCAAGUCUCUAUUGAGAACAUAUCAGCUGGCAUUAUCCCUAUGCUCGAGCGCAACACCACGAACCAGUUUCUUCUGACCGGUCGCGCAUUCUAUCUGCAGAGACUUAUCAAGGUCCUUAUCUCGGCGGAGGGCUACGAAAGCUUCGAGUCAUGUGCCUCUGUUGCGCAUCUCGAGAACCGCGUUGCCGCCGCCAGGGCACUUGGCGCGAGGUCGGAGUUCAAGAUAUACCUGUCGAUGUACGUCAAGCGCAUCGGAGCCGAAGGAAUGCGAGGCAAGAUCGAAGAGCUGCUACGUGAGCUGUCAAGAGGCUUGAUCGAAGAAGACGAGGACGACAGCCCCUCCGAUGAAGACAUUGCCGGUUGGAAGAGGGAGGAGCUGCUCAAACAAGCGGUGAUCAUACUUGGCAAGUCGAUCUAUCUCAAUCCCCUGCGGAUGACAUUGCUAAUACUUAACAGGGAAAUACCGUGAACUUCAAGGUAUCACAGUACCAU